UACGCCCAGGCUGAGAGCGCUCUCUGCCGGCCAGGACUGGAGAUGUUGUUGACGUCAUCUCGGAUGGGCUGCGAGAGGUGGGGCCAAACGAAAGUUCCUGUAGGCGCAUCCUGUUCUCAAUGAGGUCCGCACACCGUGCAUAUAAAUGUAUUGAGUGUUUGCCUUCUGCAGUUGUCCGUGAGUGGUCUCGGUAGUUGCUUCGCCAUGUCUGGUCGUGGUAAAGGUGGAAAAGGUUUGGGCAAAGGGGGUGCUAAGCGUCAUCGAAAGGUUCUGAGAGAUAAUAUCCAGGGCAUUACCAAGCCUGCUAUUCGGCGCCUGGCUCGGCGAGGCGGCGUUAAGCGUAUUUCUGGUCUCAUCUAUGAGGAGACUCGUGGAGUUCUGAAAGUUUUUCUGGAGAAUGUGAUUCGCGACGCCGUCACUUACACCGAGCACGCCAAGCGCAAGACCGUAACAGCUAUGGACGUGGUAUAUGCGCUUAAGCGACAGGGGCGUACCCUCUAUGGUUUUGGCGAUUGUGGAGUGGCUCUGAAAAGAGCCUUUGGAUUUGACAAUGACCAGAAACAUUUACUUGGAGCUGGUGUACUUGGUGACAGCCUUGGUGCCCUCGGACACGGCGUGCUUGGCCAGCUCUCCCGGCAGCAGCAGGCGCACCGCCGUCUGGAUCUCCCUGGAGGUGAUGGUCGAGCGCUUGUUGUAAUGCGCCAGCUAGCUCUCCCACUGCUGGUAGUCGCUAUGUCUGGACGCGGAAAGCAAGGCGGCAAAGCGCGGGCUAAGGCCAAGACGCGGUCUUCCAGGGCCGGUCUGCAGUUCCCGGUGGGUCGCGUGCACCGUCUUUUGCGCAAGGGCAACUACUCUGAGCGAGUUGGAGCCGGCGCCCCGGUGUACCUGGCGGCGGUGCUGGAGUACCUGACGGCCGAAAUUCUGGAGCUGGCAGGAAACGCAGCCCGGGACAACAAAAAGACUCGCAUCAUCCCGCGCCAUCUACAGCUGGCCAUCCGCAAUGACGAGGAGCUGAACAAGCUUCUGGGUCGUGUUACCAUUGCUCAGGGCGGCGUCCUGCCCAAUAUCCAGGCUGUGCUGCUGCCCAAGAAGACCGAGAGCCACCACAAGGCUAAGGAAGCCAUGGCACGUACCAAGCAAACUGCCCGCAAGUCCACAGGGGGAAAAGCUCCACGCAAGCAGCUCGCCACCAAGGCGGCCCGCAAGAGCGCACCGGCCACCGGCGGCGUGAAGAAGCCCCACCGCUAUCGUCCCGGCACCGUAGCCCUGCGCGAGAUCCGCCGCUACCAAAAAUCGACCGAACUGCUGAUCCGAAAGCUGCCUUUCCAGCGCCUGGUGAGGGAGAUCGCGCAGGACUUCAAGACCGACCUGCGCUUCCAGAGCUCGGCGGUGAUGGCGCUGCAGGAGGCCUGCGAGGCCUACCUGGUGGGGCUCUUUGAGGACACUAACCUGUGCGCCAUCCACGCCAUGUCUGGUCGAGGGAAAGGUGGUAAAGGCCUGGGCAAAGGCGGUGCUAAGCGUCACCGUAAGGUUUUGCGAGACAACAUCCAGGGCAUUACUAAGCCUGCGAUUCGGCGUUUAGCUCGUCGCGGUGGUGUUAAACGCAUUUCCGGUCUCAUCUAUGAAGAGACUCGGGGUGUGCUCAAAGUUUUUCUGGAGAACGUGAUUCGUGAUGCUGUCACCUACACGGAACACGCCAAACGCAAGACGGUCACGGCUAUGGACGUUGUCUACGCACUCAAGCGCCAGGGUCGCACUCUUUACGGGUUUGGUGGCUAACCUGGUUUCUUGUUCCAUAAGGCAUUGCUCACAAAAGGCCCUUUUCAGGGCCACUCAUUUUGUCACACGAAGGGCUGUCACUGACGUGAAGAGUCACCCGACUGCCACUUCUUAGCUCCAGUGAACCAACCCAUUGACCUACAUGGCAGAGUUCCUAGGUGGAAUACGUGAGAAAUCACAGGUAAGUGCCUAACCCGUAGGUGACAGACACACAACAAUGAGGAACAAAUGUUAAUUGACUUACAUUAUGUUGUCUCAAAUGAUGUUUCGGUUCGCUUCGGAGUUGACUUUUUAUUUCCCCAAAAUUUGAUCGUUUAGUUGUUCUCACUGGGUCCUAUUGUUGACAUCCGAGGCUACAGCUCUGGCUAGCCUCUUAUGCAGGGUAACUUGAGGAGCACUGGAGUGGCCCUGUCCAUCUAAAAAUUACAAGGUUUGUAAACGUUACGGAACUUGCUUCCUCCUAACUAUAUUAAGGCCCUUACUCGCAAUAUUAAACAUGUUCUCUUAUGUGUCCUGUUUGCCUGGACUACAUUCAAGCACAGUGGUGUCACAGGACAUUUAAAUUGCAGUCAAUUUAGUCACUUGUAUAGUGACUAUCCUGAAGGAUUAUGGGGGUAUAACUUUUCUAAGGUUGAUAGAGGGUAAGAAAAACCAUAAUUUUUGAAUCAACUACAAGCUUUUUGAUGUGAAAAUGUGGAUGGCUCUAAAAAGAGCCUAUGCGGGGGACGGGGGACAUGGUAGUGACACCUACUGAUGUUUCAAUUGAUUAUUUCCUUUGCUCUUGGCUUUGUGGUGAUUCUCGGGGUUCUUUGGCAGUAGCACAGCCUGGGUGAUGGGCAGGAAGCCACCCUGGGCGAUGGUGACUUUUCUCAACAGUUUAAGUUCUUCGUCUUUACGGAUGGCCAGCAGCAGAUGUCGGGGAACAAUGCGGGUCUUCUUGUCGCGGGCAGCGUUGUCCGUCAGCUCUACAACCUCAGCAGUCAAGUACUCCAACACAGCCGCUCAGUAAACCGGCGCGACGGCCCCCGCCCGCUCGAAGUAGUUGCCCUUUCAAAGCAGGCGGUGCACUCGGCAGACUGGGAACUGGAGACCAGCGCGAGAUGAGCGAGUUUUAGGCUUGGCGCGAGCCUUUCCUCCCUUCUCUCCAUGUCUAGACAUAGCGACGUACUGAAAUGCAUAGAAAACGUGGAGCUUCUAAAUGCUUGAGCUGGCUAAGUCCGCUCCUGCCUGGAGGAAAGGCUCCAAGAAGCCGGUGACCAAAGUGCAGAAGGAUGGCAAUAAGCGCAGGCGCAGCCCCAAGGAGAGCUACUCCAUGUACGUGUAGAAAGUGCUGAAGCUGGUCCACCCGGACACCGGCAUCUCCUCGAAGGCCAUGGGCAUCAUGAACUCGUUGGUCAACGACAUCUAAGAGCGCAUCGCCGGCGAGUCUUCUCCCCUGGCGGAUUACAACAAGCGCUCGACCAUCACAUCACCUCCAGGGAGAUCCAGACGGCGGUGCGCCUGCUGCUGCUGCCGGGAGAGCUGGCCACGCGCGCGAUGUCAGAAGACACCAGGGCUGUCAGUAAAAAUGCCAGUGACACCAAGGGUCUUCUAAGAGCCAUUCAUACUGUCUUUUAAAGAUCUGUCAUCUCUAGGUUUGCAAAGGAGAGUGAAUAAGGCAACACUAUGGAUUAAAGGUUUGGAUUUAAUGAAUUAAUUCAC